AUGGCAUAUGCGGUAGGAGUUAUUAGCCAAUACAUGCAAAGUCCAAGAGAAUCACAUGGUGCUGCAAUCAAACACAUUUUAAGGUACUUACGAGGAACAACAGGAUACAUAAUUAAGUACGAGAGGAUGGGACAAAGGCGACUUAUUGGUUAUAGUGAUAGUAGUCACAAUGUUGACCCGGAUGACGGAAAAAGCACAACCGGUCACAUUUUCUACUACGGGUCAUCUCCAAUUUCAUGGUGUUCGCAAAAGCAAGAUACUGUUGUUUUAUCAUCUUGCGAGGUAGAAUUCAUGGCAGCCACGGCGACCGCAUGUCAAGCAAUAUGGCUUCAAGAUUUGUUUGGAGAAAUCAUGAACAAAGCGCAAGAGAAAGUGAUUCUUAAAGUUGAUAACAACUCGGCUAUCCAACGAACGAAGAAUCCCGUUUUUUAUGGAAGAAGUAAACACAUUCACACGAGGUUUCACUUCAUUCGUAAUUGUGUUGAAAACGAACAAGUGAAGGUGGAGUACAUUCCCAGUGAAGAACAAAGGGCGGGUAUUCUUACGAAACCACUAGUUCGAACCAAGUUCAAGGAAAUGCGGAACUUGAUCGGAGUUGAAGAAUUCUCUAGAAGAACUUAG